AUGGACGACCAAACCAUCAUCGUUAGGGAUGUGGAGAAAGCCAUCUUUAAUACCGAAGUCAAUGGCCCCGGAAGUGAUGGAUACCAAAGUCCAACACUAGUAGCCUCCCACCCCCUCCUUGCACAGUCUCUUCUUCCAAAAACAUCGCUACCGGGCCAUAGAUCACCAUCUGAAUAUAGCAGAGGAGCAAAAGCCGACGAAGUCCGAAGAUUUGCAAAUCCGGCUCCGCUAGGCCUUUGUGCCUUUGCACUCACGUCUUUCGUCUCAAACUCUACACAUGUAUAUGUGACCGAUAUUCCAUCGACUGGUGUAACCUUGGCACUGCCACUUGUGUAUGGCGGUGUUGUUCAGCUGAUUGCCGGUAUAUGGGAGAUGGCGGUCGGAAAUACAUUUGGAGCGACAUCGUUCUGCUCCUAUGGUGCCUACUGGAUUACCUCUGGAGUUAUGUCGAUUGUUGAAAGUAUGAACUCAGAAAGUGAUGAUACCUGUGGCGCUGAAACUCUAAUGGGGGUUUUUAUGAUGGCCUGGUUUAUCUUCACUACUUUGAUGCUUUUAGGCACGAUCAGAUCAAGUCUUGCUAUGUUCCUCUUGUUCUUUUUCCUGGAUAUGAACUACCUGCUUCUCGGCAUUGCUCAUUUAAAGUGCCAUUCAGAUGGUCAGAUUCUGGCCUCGGCCCAGAAAGUCGGUGGGGUGUUUGGCUUGUUGGCGGCUGCAAGUGCCUGGUGGAAUGCUCUGGCCGGCGUGGUUGAUAAAAACACUUGUUUUUUCACUAUCCCCCUCGGUCAUUUUCCAUGGUCACCUGCGGCCCGUAUUAAUCGAACCAAGGUCAAGAACGUUUGA